AGCUGUUCCGUCCGUGUUUUAGACUGAGCCAUAGUCGACUCUGCAUCGAUUUUCUAUCGAUUUUUUCGUGUCAUGAAUAUGAAAAUACAGCCCUGUUACGAGCGCCAUAUUGCUAAAUCCUAGAUUUGUUGUGUGAUGCAUGCAUUGCGAUUUUAGCUGAUCUAUGUGCGUAAAUUUCUUCGAAAUAAAGUGGCAGUAUGGAGGUCAUUGACAGAUUUAUGCUGGAUCAGAAAAUAGAAUCAGUAAAGGAAGAUCCAGUUAAAAGGCAGAUCCUUCGAAUUAUACUGAAGUAUGAAAUGCAGACACUGAUUCAGAGGCUUGCAGAAAUCGGGGAAGAAAGUGUUGUCUUAACAGCUAAUAUUAUUGAUGGUACUCAUUCUGUACUCUCCUCCGACCAUGGGGAGAAAUUCAUGCAAGAUGAAGUUGUCUCCCAUUUCAUGGACCAUUUUGUUCGCUUCCUAUUUACAGGUGAAUUACAAUAUAUACCAAAAGAAGAGGGUGGUGCCCUUGACAGCUGUAAGUUCAAACAAAGUACUUGUGUACAAGGUGUAAACCAGUCUGCAUCCUCAGUUAGCUCUGAAGAGCCAGAGACAUUCAUGCACAUGAAAAAACAUCAGAUAGAACAAUUCAACAGACAGAAAGAUUAUGAGGACAAAACUAUUGACGAAACCGUAUCCCAAUUGGUGAAAAACAUUUUACGGGAGGGUAAAGAGAAAGAGAAAAAAAAUAUUGGUACUGUAUUAUGUGGUGCAAGCCGGCAACCGAUGAGGAGAAAGAGAUCGUUUAACUUCCAUAAUUCAUUUAGAAAAGGUAGAAAUGUUACAGAAGGAUGCUCAGAAGCAAAGAGGGUACAGAUUGCUAACUUCUUUCCAACGUUAUCCCCAAUGCAUGGAAGGAGUGAAAGUAAUGAGAGUAUGGUUUCUUCUUAUAUAACAAGCCAAGAGAAUGAUAAUAGUAGUCUAGAAGGAGAUGAAGAUGAAGUUAUUACAAUCAAGAUUGAACCUAAUGAUUUGGAUGAAUACGGUGGAUCACAUGAUGUUAAUAUUGAUGAUAAUUCUGCAGAGGAUUUGUCUCAAGAUAAAGAUUAUAUCAUGAAUGUUGAAAGUGAUUGUUCAAACCAAGAUAAGACUGUUAGGGAAAGUGAUGAAAGUUCUAGAUCUGCGAAUUCCACAGGCUCUGAUGACAAAAUUAUUGUUCAAAGAAAUAGUUUCCAUGACAAAAGUUUUGAGGAAUCAGAAAAGCAAGAAGUUUCAUGUAGUGGUGAGACUGAUGGAAUUAGAAAAAGUGGAGUUAUUGAAAUAACAUCUGAAAAGAAUGAAGAAGAAGAAGAAAUUACUCUUCCAAUGGUGGAGGAAUUCUAUCAGAAUAGGGAUAAACCUUUGGAAGAUUUGAAGUUCGUUGCAAUUGAAAAGAGUACUAAUACGCCAACAUCACCAAAGGAAAAUUAUGUAAGUUGUUAUAAGCAGUCACGAAAGAAAUCCAACACAUUUAACCUAGUGCUGAAUGGAUAUCUAUACAUUAAGGAUAAACAAAGCAGUACUGGAACAGUUUACUGGAAAUGUGGACGGCCUGGAUGUAAGGGGCGUGUCAUACAGCGCGGCCAGGAACUUAUCACUUCGCAGGUGCACAUACAUGAACCAUUUGAUUGAUGACAUUAUAUAUGAAAAGAAGUAGAGAUGUCAGAUAUUUCUCAAGUGAUGAGUGCAAGACAGUGAACUUAUAGACAAGGCAUUCCAUUAAAGUCUGUAACAGCAUUGUUGAGAACGUAACACUAAAAGUGAGCUAGCUAUUGAAAUCUGUCAAAUGUUCAUCAGCCAGCAUCCAUCAUCAACACUUUGUUUUAAAGGCGGCAGAGGUCAAAGUUUUUAUAGAUCCUUAAAACUUUGUCAGAAUGCUUUUUGAUAUAGUGUAUGUUAUACAAGUGUGAACAUGUGCCAUUGAAGUCAAUUAUCACUAGAGGAUAGGAAGAAUGAACGCUGUUGACAUUGUAGAGACCACAUUUUCUUAUGAAGUUGUAAUAUUUCUUAAUUUUUAUCAUAAGAGUUAAGAUUUGCACUUGACAGUGUACAAGGUGAAAAUUUGUUAAAAUCGUCUCUAUUGUGGUGGAUUACUCGGCUUAAGAUGGCUUCAUUGGUCCUCUUGCUUAUGUUGCAUUGUAAUAUUAAAUGGAGAUGUGAGUUGGCCCAAGAGAAUCAUACCUUAUUAAGAUAGAGCAAAUUUUCAUGCACAGAAUUUUGUCAAGUUGAUUUUUCUUCAGAUGAAAUCAAUGUUUCUUUUUAUUAAUUGAGAGGGUGUUAGCUUUGAAAGUUUGAAGAUGCACUGAAGAUAAAAACAUUUUGAAAACCAAAGUUAUGUUAAUUACAGUAAUAGAGAGUGGACCAAAAUUCAAGAACGCUUUAUUUUUGCCUACAAUAUCUGAUUAGUGACUGAGUUUGCAAUUCAAAUGAAAUGAUUUCCAGUAGUAGUUUAAAAAUAGAGAAGACUUAUUAGUAUGUUUUUACCUAUCUAAUUCUACCUGUACACUAUGUUCCCGGCUGUCACGCCAAUCAUGUUUCGAGAACGAAAUGAACUGGAGUAAACGCUUUUGCUACGUUUUGUUACGGUUUUCACGACAUGCUUGUGUGCAGGAAGCCGUUUUGUAACGUUUCAAUUACGAUGUGCCUCGGUUUGUGACGAUUUGCAGCCUAAUGCGUAAAUGAAAGUUGAGCUCUGACAGGUUUGUGUGGUUUUGAAAAGACUAUAAAAAGCUGAUCGCAGCAGAAGAGGUUCACUUGAUUUGAUCUUUUGCAUGAAAUCUUAUUAAUGGAGGGCAAGUGCAUAGGUGCUCUUCACCAGACAUGUAAAAGAACCAAGUUCGCCUCUGGAAUGGAGCAAUUGCUGUACUGCCCUGGAAAUAACAUCCAAAUCUUAGGGGUAUCCAGUAGAAAACCAAAAUGCGACAGUUUAGAAAAAAGGAGAGAUUCAUUUGAGUCUUAGCACAUAACGGUACCCAGCACACGAUUUUUGGCCUAAUUGCUGACGUAAUAAAACGAUCUUUGUUGUCUAUGCCUCAUGUAUCUUAAUACAAUGAUUGAAGUAUUCUUAUACCGUGGAGACAAACGUCCUCUAAAGUCAUCCGGCGUUCAUGUUGAAUAUAUUGACGACGUGUCAGAACUGGAUGAAGACAUUAACAAAGUACAUGGAUUCUCGUAGAUUGUGGCCCGAACUCAUAGAAUAUCCUACUCUUCAACGGCUCAUCAGGAUACCGUGAUAAACCGUGGUGGACAACGUAAAAAUCUUGGAUAUGGAGUCAUAAGUUGACAAAAUCCAACAGUGCAUUACAGGGAACAGCAGGGAACAUUGUGUUAAAGGUUGUAAACCUAACAUAGUCAGUGUUUUUAUUCGAAUAAUGUAAGGUUAAAACAUUGUUUUGGUUUGAGUAUGAUUAAUUUGCAUUUAAUUUUCUUGAUCUCGGGUAGAUUAGAACAUUUAUAGUGUAUAUGUAUAGUGACUGAAUAAAAUAUUUGCCAGUAAUUGUUG